ACUAAAGCCGUAUAAUUACCUUACUAGUUAUGAAAAAAAAAAAACUUGCAUUAUAUACCAAAUCAGAAAUCUUUGUGAUGCCAUUUGAUCACUAAUUCAAUUCCAGGCCACAAAAACUAGAGUCCAGCUUCUUUCUGAGAAGAAGCUGGUCAAGAAAUUGCAGUACUUGGUACUGAGUUUGUGGCCUUGGCAGGUUGAGAACGAGUCCAGGAAAAUGAGAGCGAAACCGAUUAACUCGGGAAAAGCGAUUCUGCUACUGUGCAUAGCGAGUUUUAUAGCGGGAUCGCUUUUUACGAGCCGGACAUGGACUCAUCAUCCUUCUCAGUCUAAAGAUCAUCAGAUUCCACUCAUUCCUCAUUAUGUCAACAAGAUUCAGGAAGUCAAACCUGACUGUGAUCACAAGCGAAAACUUGUUGAAGGACAACCUGGUGAUAUCAUGGGAGAAGUCCAGAGAACCCAUCAAGCUGUGAAGUCUCUGGAGAAUACAAUUUCUACACUAGAAAUGGAAUUAUCAGCAACCCGAACGAGUCAAUCUAAUGCAGAAAACCAGAACAGCAAUCAAACUCUACAAAAGGCAUUCGUCGUGAUCGGAAUCAACACAGCAUUCAGCAGCAGAAAACGGAGAGAUUCCGUUCGUCAGACAUGGAUGCCAAAAGGAGAUAAGUUAAAGGAACUGGAGAAAGAAAAAGGAAUAGUGAUUCGAUUUGUGAUCGGACAUAGCGCCACACCAGGCGGAGUUCUUGAUAAAGCGUUGGAUUUAGAAGAAGAAGAACAUAAAGAUUUUCUGAGACUGAAACACAUUGAAGGAUACCAUGAACUUUCUACCAAAACAAGAAUGUAUUUUUCUACUGCAGUUUCUAUUUGGGAUGCUGAGUUUUACAUGAAAGUUGAUGAUGAUAUUCAUCUUAAUUUAGGUACACUCGUUACCACUCUAGCAAGAUACAGAGCCAAGCCUAGAGUAUACAUUGGAUGCAUGAAGUCUGGACCGGUUCUCUCUAAAAAGGGGCUAAAAUACCAUGAGCCAGAGUAUUGGAAAUUUGGAGAAGAAGGGAACAAAUACUUUAGACAUGCAACUGGGCAAAUUUAUGGGAUUUCUAAGGACCUUGCUACAUAUAUUGCCAUUAAUUUGCCUAUAUUGCAUAGAUAUGCUAAUGAAGAUGUAUCUUUGGGAGCUUGGUUUAUUGGGCUGGAAGUUGAGCAUGUAGAUGAGCAUGCUAUGUGCUGUGGAACUCCUCCAGAUUGUGAAUGGAAGGCGCAAGCCGGAAAUGUGUGUGUGGCGUCAUUCGAUUGGUCAUGCAGCGGAAUAUGCAAAUCUGUUGAGAGGAUGAAACAAGUUCAUGAAUUUUGUGGAGAAGGAGAGGGUGCUGUUUGGAAUGUUGAUCUCUGAAUUUAAAGAGAGAAUUAAGUAUUAAUUUUUGUUUUGCACUCUUAAGGAAAUGUACCACGAUACGCUUUAUUUGAUUUGGCUGCUAUUAGAUUCAAGUUGGUUUUUCUGA